UACACCCCUGGCACCAAAUUGACAGAUUUAAACUAGGCAGCACUGGUCGAAUGUAAUCAUGCAAGAUGAAUUCGUAUAAGAUGCCAUACUGAACAGUAAAAUGUCAAAUCACACAUAUAAAAAAUAUACUCUCAAAAGUUGUUAUGUCAUGCAAUCUGCAAACACCUUGUACAAUUUGUACUUGUAAACAUGUGUAGCAUUUUCACAAGCAAAUUGUCGAUAUUUCGGCAUUAUCUUACGAUUCCAAAAACAAACAAGCCCUAUUUAUUUAGAAUGUCUGUCACAACUGUCAGCGCUAUAAGCCCCAAACGUUUGCGCACGGAGGGAGCACCUUUAACUAUAGGCACACAUAGUGGCACCUUCCAUUGUGAUGAGGUGUUAGCUUGUUUUAUGCUUAAACAAUUGCCUGAAUAUGAAAAUGCUAAAAUAUUAAGGUCACGCAAUGAUGACGAACUGCAUGAACAUUGUGAUAUUAUUGUGGAUGUGGGAGGUGAGUUCGAUCAUGAGAAAAAGCUUUAUGAUCACCAUCAGAAAACAUUUCAGGAAACCAUGAGUAGUUUAAGACCUGAACUAGGAGAUCAGUAUAACAUUAGAUUAAGUAGCGCCGGUUUAGUUUUCUGUUUUUAUGGAGAACGUGUUAUUGAUGAAAUCCUCAAAAAGCAUGCCAAUGUAUCGCUUAGUCCGGCAAAUUUAAAAUUAACAUUUAACCAAUUGUAUGCCAACUUUAUAAGUGAACUUGAUGCUAUUGAUAAUGGAGUGCCUAUAUGUCCUGAUGGUAAGGAACCUUUGUAUAAGAUUUCCACACAUCUAUCGAAAAGAGUGGCUAAUUUCAAUCCAAGUUGGGAAGAGGAAGGCACUAAUGUGGAUGUCAAUGCCCGUUUCGAAGAAGCAAUGGCUUAUGCAGGCAAAGAAUUUAUAGAUAAUGUGUUGUCGAUUGGUGCUUCUUGGAUAAAAGCUAGAGAAUAUGUACGCACUGCUUUGAAAAAUGCCAAAGACAUUUAUGAAACUGGUGAAAUUUUAUUGUUAGAAAAGUUUUGUCCCUGGAAACAUCAUUUAAGUGCUUUGGAGAAGGAAUUUGAAAUGGAGGGUGUACCAAAACUUGUGAUAUUUAAAGACACUUCGGGUGGUUGGCGUGUAGCUGGUGUUCCUGUAACACCUGACAGCUUUUUGGGUCGUAAAUUUUUGCCAGAACCUUGGAGGGGACUAAGAGAGGAAGAGCUUUCUAAGGUAGCUGGUAUCGAAGGUUUAACAUUUGUACAUCACAGUGGAUUUAUCGGUGGGGCCAAGACAAAGGAAGCAACCUUAGCAAUGGCCAUUAAGAGUGUUCAAUGGAGUUCCUAGAAAAAUGUAAUAAAAUUAAAUAAAAAAAUGAUAUUAAAAUUUUUUUAAAGAACAAAAUGAUUUUAUCUUGGAACAAAUUUUGUUAACAAAUUAAGUCCCCACAUAAUAAUCUUAUGAUUGUAAAUUUUUUCUCUUAUUAAACAAUUCUUUCUGUAAUUCUUAAACACGAUUUUGUUUUACAUUUGUUUAAAACAAAUUAUUUUAUUUAAAUUAAAAAUCCUUCAGCUUGAAACACUUUUGUGAGAAUUUAAUUACAAAAUACAAUAAGAAAAGUAAAUAAAACCAGUUUUGCCUUUUCCCACCAUCUA